AUGGCAGCUCUCAAGAAUUCCAGCAAGGUCUUCACGCUGGCCUCGGGCGACAAGAUCCCCGCUAUCGGCCUCGGCACCUGGCAGUCGUCCAAGAGCCAGACCGCGAAGGCUGUCCAGCACGCCAUCUCGGUAGGCUACCGCUACAUCGACACCGCCUACGGCUACGGCAACGAGACCGAGGUCGGCGAGGGCGUCCGCGCCUCCGGCGUGCCCCGCGAGCAGCUGUGGAUCACCACCAAGCUCGACAACCCCUGGCACAAGCGCGUCGCCGAGGGCCUCGACGCCUCCCUCGAGAACCUCGGCACCAGCUACGUCGACCUGUACCUCAUGCACUGGCCCAGCUCCGUCCUCCCCGACGACCCCAAGAAGGUCUACGACGACUGGAACUUCGUCGACACCUGGCGCGAGAUGCAGAAGCUCCUCGGCACCGGCAAGGUCCGCAACAUCGGCGUGUCCAACUUCGGCAUCACCAACCUCGAGAAGUUGCUGAACGACCCCUCUUGCCAGAUAAGACCAGCCGUCAACCAGAUCGAACUCCACCCCAACAACCCUUCGCCGAAGCUGGUGGCCUACUGCCGGGACAAGAACAUCCACUGCACCGGCUACUCGUGCCUCGGCAGCACCGAUUCGCCCCUGUACGAGGACCCGACCCUGCAGGCCAUCGCCCAGAGUAGGGGCAAGACGCCGCAGCAGGUGCUGCUCCUGUGGGGCAUCCAGAACGGCUGGGACGUGAUCCCCAAGUCGGUCACGCCGGAGCGCAUCGCGAGCAAUUUGGACAUUGACGGCUGGGAGCUGACGGAGGACGAGAUAAAGAAGCUCAACAGCCUGCCGGGCCGCACCAAGGUCUGCAAGGACGACUGGCUGCCCGAGAAGGUCUUCUUUGGCGACGACGAAUAGUCAGGGAGAGCGCAGGGAGCGCCCCGGGAUAGACUAGAACACAUGUUUUUUUCUAAGCAUCUCGCGCAUGUAGACAUAUAGACCUUGAGUGGUUGAAUAAAUGCCCAAUUGACGAGAUGGAGAGGCCUGGCUUCGACGUUAUGCAAGCCCACGCGUGCCGGUCUCGCGGAGACAAAAUUCGGAAGGUGUCGACUGCGUGUGUAAGUGACUUUUCUUUCUUUCGUCUUUUUUUGCGCCGAAUGCCAGUCGUAGACUAUAUGAUAUGUCACAAUUUUCCUCUCUCAGGUUUCUUAUCUUGCCCCUCCUCCGUCUCCCACUCUUCCCCCCCCUCCUCCUCCCCGGCCUCCUUGAGGACCUCGGCGAGGGAGCGGCGGAGGAGGUCGGCGAGGGCGGCGGCGUCGUCGUCGUCGAGGUCGCGGCGGACGCCGCGGCCGAACAUGGUG